AGGGUGCGCCCCGGUUUGGAAUCCACGUUUCAGCACUUCGGACAGCGGCCCGGGCGGCCCGGCCCCUCCGCGUGGGCCAUGGCGAGCGUUCAGCAAGGCGAGAAGCAGCUCUUUGAGAAGUUCUGGCGAGGAACCUUUAAGGCUGUGGCCACCCCACGUCCUGAGAGCAUCAUUGUCGCCAGCAUCACAGCCCGCAAGCCGCUGCCAAGGACAGAACCCCAGAGCAACCCCAGGGUUCUAGCUCAGGAUGGACCCUCUGGAAAGCUGAGCCAGCAUCUGGCCCCUGAGGCCUCGGGCACCAACAGCUGGGAGAGAGACAAGGCCUGCCGGGAGCUCAGUCCCGCCAGAGCUCGCAGUGCCUCCCACGACAAAGAUUGGACGCCACCACCUUCCUCCAGGGGGAAGAAAAAAAAGAAGAAAUCCACCCGGAAGAAGCGAAGGAGGUCCCCGUCAUAUAGCCCAUCACCUGUCAAGAAAAAGAAAAAGAAAAGUUCCAAGAAACACAAGCGACACAGGCCGUUCUCCAAGAAGAGAAGGCACAGCUCCUCCAGCCCCAAAAGCAAGAGAAGGGAAGAGAAGAGGCACAAAAAGCAAUCGCGAAGCCGGCCCCGAAAGUCUCACCGCCACCGCCAUCACCACUGCCCCUCGCGGUCCCAGAGCUCGGAGUCUCGGUCCUCCAGCUGUGAGAGCAGGCACCGCGGCCGGUCCCCCGAGGAAGGGCGGAAGUCUCGCCAAAGGCACUCCCGCCGCUGCUCCAAGACCCUGGGCAAGGCCAGCCCCGAGGCCCGGUCCGGCCACCCGCCCAGCCAGCCCCUCCAGAUGCUCAGCCUCCUGUCGGCCAGGGGUGUAAUCCCUGGGGCGGGGUCUGCCGCCGACCUCUUUACCAAAACAGCCAGCCCGCGAGCCACCUCCCGAGGACGCUCCCAGGAGUACGACUCAGGCAACGACACCUCCUCGCCGCCCUCCACGCAGCUCGGCUCCAGCAGGUCUGGGGGGCAGAAGGAGAGCCCCGGUGGGGAACUCAGCAAGAGCCGGGACCUCCACAGCGGCAACACCUCUGAUUCAGGGAACUCCUUCACCACCUCCUCACCCCAGAACAAGGGGACGGCUUUGGAGAAUCUCUCCCCCACCAGCAGGGCCAGAGAGUCAAGAGCACUUCAGUCGCCAUGCCUGGAAUGCGCCCAGGUGAAGAAGUCAGGUUCGGUCCCACCCACAGCCCGCAGCUCCCCCGUGAGAGGGUGCUCCCGCAGCUCCUCCUACGACAGCACCCGUACCUCCAGCCACUCCUCCCGAUCCCCGAACCCCAGGCCCUCCCCCAGGUACUCCCGGAGCCGCUCCACCUCCUCUGGGAAAAGGUCCUACUCGCGCUCUCCCAGCUACUCCUCCAAGUCGGGCAAGAGGAGCCCGCCCAGCAGAUGCUCCCGAGCCCGCCGCAGCCCCAGCUACUCCCGCCCGCACCCCUUCAGGGAGCGGGACCCCAAGUACAGUGAGAAGGACUCGCAGCAGCGGGAGCGCGAGCGGGCGCGUCGGAGGCGAAGGUCCUACUCGCCCAUGAGGAAGCGCCGGAGAGACUCGCCGAGCCACCUGGAGGCGCGGAGAAUAACCAGCGCCCGCAAACGCCCCAUCCCCUACUACCGGCCCAGCCCCUCCUCGCCCAGCGGGCUCAGCAGCGCCUCCUCCUGGUGCAGCAGCAGCAGCAGCCGCUCGCCCAGCCGCAACCUGGACCCCGCCCGCCAAGACACGGAUGCCAAUGCUGUCACCACGGAAGGCCGGAUGGCAGGUGCCUGGGACAGGGGCAGGUGCCCCGGGGAGGGCUUGUACAGCAAAUGUAAAUAA